AUGAAAAGAACACUUUCCAAAACGACGGCGACGCCCAUAAUAAGAUCAGCAAUGAUUCUAUCACGAAUCCCUAUAGUAGUCCGUGAAUUGACCAAAUUGGAAUCAAACUAUUACAAAUAUCAAUCAGAAUUAGAGAAAAGAUUAAUGUGGACGUUUCCUGACUAUUAUUAUUUCAAGAAAGGUUCCCUUUCGGAACAUAAAUUUAUUAAGGCUCAAAAUUACCCCGUAAGUAAAAUCCCUGGAGUUUGGUACCCUCAUGGUAUACCUGAUAUUAAACGUAGAAGAGAAAGAAGAUCGAAACAAGAAAUCGUCUUACCUAGAGAUAAGAUCGAGGAUGAUGUUUCAUUAGUCGGUUCCUCUGGAUCAACUAAGGGAAGUACUGAUGGUGCGAAGGGUAGUAUUUCCAGACCAAUUGUGCCAAAUGAUUUGAAGACUGAAGCUGAUAAGAAGGGGAAUCUGCAGACUGUGGAAAGAGAGUUAUCAAGGACAUUAUACCUUCUUGUUCAAGAUGAGAACCUUGGUUGGAAGUUCCCAUCAUUUGUUGUGGAGGGCAAUGAUAAGGGACUGCAUGAUAUUGCUGAGCAAGCGAUCAAAUCAUUAAGUCAAAAUGAAAUUAAUACAUGGCUUGUUUCAAAGACUCCUGUGGCAGUCUUUGAAGAUAGUGAUGAUGGAUCGUAUGAAUUUUUUCUAAAAUCACAUAUUUUGGCUGGAACAUUUGCAAUGAAGGAUAACACAUUUAAACAAUUUGCAUGGUUAACAAAAGAUGAAAUAAAAAAUCAUGUCACGGAGCAGUAUUUUAGAAAUGUGGAAUUUUUAUUAGCAAAUUAA